AUGGAACAAGACAUUGAGAUGAACAGAACGAGCGAGUGUAGUAACUUACCAUCCCUUAACUUGACAAUAGAGGAAGAUGCGAGUGUAUACCUCCUCAACGGAGGAAUCAGCACGACCAUGCUGGUCGUUCUUUUCUCCAUCUUGGCGGUAGGCAUCCCAGGCAAUCUCGCCUUUCUCUAUGUGAUAGCUCGCGUACCAUACAUGCGAACUACCACUAAUGUCUACCUGGCUAGUCUGGCCAUGGCAGACCUCACGUUCCUGCUUACUAGCAUUGUGCAAUAUACCUUCUACUUCACGAAUCCCGUCCGCACCCACCUCCCCACUGCCUCUGUCGUGGGUUGUGUAGGCGCCUUCAUUCCGCAGUACAUCACCUACUUCGCCUCCAUCUCCAUGGUGAGUCUGGUCUCCCACGAGCGGUACAACGCCGUCUGCAAGCCUUGUGCCAACCUCGGCCAGGGCAACAGGGUGAAGAGGAGUUUGAAGCUGGUAGCUGGUAGCUGGCUCGUGGCCUUUGUCCUAGCUGGUUUGGUGAUGUUCCGGUAUGCCUACCUGUUCAAAUUCUGCGCAAUCUGGCCAGAAGAAGAGCCGUAUCACAGUCUACCGAUCCAGUUAGGAUACUGCGUGGCCGGCAGCCACUGGGGACUGAUUGUUGGCCAUGUGCUGGAAUCCGCAGUCUUCAUCGUUGCCAUGGUAACCAACGCCAUGAUGUAUACAUUGAUCAUCAUCGGUCUUAGCACCAGAGCGAAGCACAAGCUUCAAAAGGACCCGGUUACGCCUCCAUCGGUGCACGCCCUGCAAGCUCUCCAAGUCCGUAACCAAGUUACCCGCAUGCUAGUCGCCAAUGGCGUGGUGUUCUUCCUCUGCCAGACGCCAUUUAUCGCCAUAUCUUUGGCCUUUCUUUGCGAGACUUUGGCCGGGAUUCCGUCUGACGUCACCUACAGGAAGUACGUGUUGGCGCUCACCGUCUGCCACGUGUUUGUGUUCUUAAAUUCGGCAGUAAACCCGAUCAUCUACAAUGUGACUAGCCGCCAUUACCGACAGUCCUUCGUAGAAGCCUUUUCCCUAUCAACAAGCAGAGGUGGCAAAUCGAACGCCAAUGUUGCUGAAACGGAGCCGAACAACUGUUUCGCUCUUACAGUCAAGUGA